GGGUGGGGCGGGCCGGGCCCAGCCGGAGCGUGUGGCUCCGGGCCUCCCCGGGGCGCGGCCGUUACGGCGGUUCCGGAGCCGCGGCGCCCAGGGCCGAGGGGCGGGCCCGAAGCCACGGCCUCGCCUCCGCCGCCCCGCCGCCUCCCGGGGCCUCGCCCGCCGCCUCCCGGGGCCUCGCCCGCCGCCAUGCUGCAGAAGCGGGAGAAGGUGCUGCUGCUGAGGACCUUCCGGGGCCGCACGCUGCGGAUCGUGCGCGAGCACUACCUGCGGCCCUGCGUGCCCUGCCACAGCCCGCUCUGCCCGCAGCCCGCCGCCUGCAGCCACGAUGGGAAACUCUUGUCUAGUGAUGUGACUCAUUACGUGAUCCCAGACUGGAAAGUUGUUCAAGAUUAUCUUGAGAUCCUUGAGUUUCCUGAGUUGAAGGGAAUUAUUUUCAUGCAAACAGCUUGUCAAGCUGUACAGCAUCAAAGAGGCCGGAGACAGUAUAACAAGCUGCGAAACCUGCUGAAGGAUGCCCGUCAUGAUUGCAUCCUCUUUGCUAAUGAAUUCCAGCAAUGCUGCUAUCUGCCUCGGGAAAGAGGAGAGUCCAUGGAGAAGUGGCAGACCAGGAGCAUAUACAACGCGGCUGUUUGGUACUACCAUCACUGCCAGGACAGGAUGCCAAUUGUUAUGGUGACAGAAGAUGAAGAGGCAAUUCAGCAAUAUGGAAGUGAAACAGAAGGAGUAUUUGUGAUUUCUUUCAAGAAUUACCUGGACAAUUUCUGGCCUGAUUUAAAAGCUGCCCGCGAGCUUUGUGAUUCUAUCCUUCAGUCUCGACGGGAGAGAGAGAAUGAGAGUCAGGAGAGCCAUGGGAAGGAGUAUCCAGAACAUCUUCCCCUGGAAGUGUUAGAAGCUGGGAUUAAAUCUGGACGCUAUAUCCAGGUGAGGGUGCUGAUUUAGAAUGUGUCAGGGCUGGGCGUGGUG